GGGAGCCGUCGGCAGCCGGCAAGGCGGAGGCUCUGCCGGGCGAUGCCCCGACUCUCCGCCGCCGCCUCGGCCUCCUCCUGCGCCGGGGGCUCGGAGCUGCGGAGCUACGGGGCGAUGUCCGCAAACUUCCUGGAGGCAGCGGCCGGCGUCUCCCCGCUCUCUCGCCGCGGCGCCUUUUGUGCGAGGCAAAAGGAUUUUUGUGGAAGAUGGAACUCUGUCCAUUUUCCAGAAUGUGUAUCCAAGCCCAUCAGUGGAACCUGACCUGACAGUGCUGUAUCGAAAUGCCUGAAGAGGACCCAUAUUUCUGCCUGAACCUACCAUCCUCCUGAAAACAUGGUUGUCUCAGCAAUGUUGACUGCAUCCCAUACUGGGACAUCCAAUGCGACAUUUGUGGUCUAUGAAAACUCCCAUGUGAAUAUUACAACCCCUCUACCAUUUCAGCAUCCUAGCACUGGCCCACUGCUUAGAUACAGCCUUGAAACCAUGACUAGCACUGGACUUAGUUCCUUGGCAGUGAACAGCACUGCUGUGACCCCAACACCAGCAGUUGUUAGGAGCCUAAACUUAGCUGUCCAGAUCAUCCUCUCGGCUAUAAUGAUAUUUAUCCUGUUUGUGUCUUUUCUUGGGAACCUGGUUGUUUGCCUCAUGGUUUACCAAAAAGCUGCCAUGCGUUCUGCGAUCAACAUUCUUCUUGCCAGCCUGGCUUUCGCAGACAUGCUUCUUGCAGUGCUGAACAUGCCUUUUGCCCUGGUCACUAUUCUUACCACCAGAUGGAUAUUUGGGAAAUUCUUCUGCAGGUUGUCCGCUAUGUUCUUCUGGCUGUUUGUGAUAGAGGGAGUUGCCAUCCUGCUCAUCAUCAGCAUCGAUAGGUUCCUGAUUAUAGUUCAGAGGCAAGAUAAGCUAAAUCCGUACAGGGCUAAGGUCCUCAUCGCAAUCUCCUGGGCAACUGCUUUCUCUGUAGCUUUUCCUUUGGCUGUGGGAAACCCUGAUCUGCAGAUACCUUCUCGAGCCCCACAGUGUGUGUUUGGGUACACAACCAAUUCUGGAUACCAGGCUUAUGUGAUUUUGAUUUCACUCAUUUCCUUCUUUAUACCAUUCCUGGUAAUACUCUAUUCAUUCAUGGGCAUCCUCAACACCCUUCGACACAAUGCCUUGAGGAUUCACAGCUACCCAGAAGGGAUAUGCCUAAGCCAGGCCAGCAAACUUGGUCUCAUGAGUCUACAGCGACCCUUCCAAAUGAGCAUCGACAUGGGCUUUAAAACACGUGCCUUCACCACCAUUUUGAUCCUCUUUGCUGUUUUCAUUGUCUGCUGGGCUCCGUUUACCACGUACAGCCUUGUGGCUACCUUCAGUGAGCACUUUUACUAUCAGCACAACUUCUUUGAGAUUAGCACCUGGCUGCUCUGGCUCUGCUACCUCAAGUCUGCAUUGAACCCACUGAUAUACUACUGGAGGAUUAAGAAGUUUCAUGAUGCCUGCUUGGACAUGAUGCCCAAGUCCUUCAAGUUCUUGCCACGGCUCCCUGGUCACACGAGGCGACGGAUACGUCCCAGUGCUGUCUAUGUGUGUGGGGAACAUCGGACGGUGUUGUGAAUGCUGGAACUCUGAGACAUUUGGUGUGAUUAGGGUUCUUUAUUGACUGAAAUUUUUUCAUAUGGCUUCUAAACUUUUAUUAGUUUUUAUAGUGUGUGUGUGUGUGUGUGUGUGUGUGUGUGUGUGU